AUGGGCAAUGAGGCCAGCCUGGAGGGCGGCGCGGGCGAAGGGCCGCUGCCGCCCGGAGGCUCUGGUCUGGGUCCGGGCCCCGGAGCAGGGAAGCCGCCUUCAGCACUAGCUGGUGGCGGACAGCUCCCCGUGGCUGGCGCUGCGCGAGCGGCGGGACCCCCGACCCCUGGUCUCGGUCCGGUCCCCGGCCCUGGCCCCGGCCCUGGCCCGGGCAGUGUUCCCCGGAGACUGGACCCCAAGGAGCCCCUGGGUAGCCAGAAAGCAACUUCUCCAACCCCAAAGCAAGCUUCUGCUACUGCUCCUGGCAGAGAGAGCCCCCGAGAGACAAGGGCCCAAGGCCCAUCAGGCCAGGAGGCUGAAGGUCCCCGCAGAACACUGCAGGUAGAUAGCAGGACACAGAGAUCAGGACGGUCCCCCUCGGUGUCACCGGACAGAGGCAGCACUCCCACGUCACCUUACUCCGUCCCCCAGAUUGCCCCUCUUCCCAGCAGCACCCUGUGUCCAAUAUGCAAGACAUCGGACCUCACAUCAACCUCCAGCCAGCCAAACUUCAACACCUGCACCCAGUGUCACAACAAGGUCUGCAACCAAUGUGGGUUCAACCCCAACCCUCACCUCACCCAGGUGAAGGAGUGGCUCUGUUUGAAUUGUCAGAUGCAGAGAGCCCUGGGAAUGGACAUGACCACUGCGCCUCGGUCCAAGAGCCAGCAGCAGUUACACUCCCCGGCCCUGUCUCCUGCCCACUCCCCAGCCAAACAGCCUCUGGGGAAGCCAGAGCAAGAGAGAUCUCCUCGGGGCCCAGGGGCCACACAGUCUGGUGCCCGCCAGGCUGAAGCAGCCAGGGCCACCUCAGUGCCUGGGCCUACCCAGGCAACUGCCCCUCCAGAGGUGGGGAGGGUGUCUCCUCAGCCCCCUCUCUCCACCAAGCCUUCCACAGCUGAGCCCAGGCCACCUGCAGGAGAGGCCCAGGGCAAAAGUGCCACCACAGUGCCCUCUGGGCUUGGUGCUGGUGAACAGACCCAGGAGGGCCUCACCGGGAAGCUCUUCGGCCUUGGAGCAUCACUGCUGACCCAGGCGAGCACCCUUAUGUCUGUGCAGCCAGAGGCUGACACCCAGGGCCAGCCUUCCCCCAGCAAGGGACCACCCAAGAUUGUCUUCAGUGAUGCCAGCAAGGAGGCAGGUCCAAGGCCCCCAGGCUCAGGGCCUGGGCCUGGGCCAACACCUGGAGCCAAAACCGAGCCUGGGGCUCGAACAGGGCCUGGAUCAGGGCCUGGAGCCCUGGCAAAAACUGGAGGAACCGCCAGUCCAAAGCACGGCAGAGCAGAACAUCAGGCAGCAUCCAAGGCUGCUGCCAAGCCAAAGACUAUGCCGAAGGAAAGGGCCACCUGCCCACUGUGCCAAGCCGAGCUCAAUGUGGGUAGCAGGGGCCCAGCCAACUACAACACCUGCACUGCCUGCAAGCUCCAGGUGUGCAACCUGUGCGGCUUUAACCCAACCCCCCACCUGGUGGAGAAAACAGAAUGGCUCUGUCUGAACUGCCAAACUAAGCGGCUGCUGGAGGGCAGCUUGGGGGAGCCAGCCCCCCUGCCUCUGCCCACCCCACAGCAACCUCCUGCAGGAGUCCCUCACCGAGCAGCUGGAGCAGCCCCUCUGAAGCAGAAAGGGCCACAGGGGCUGGGCCAGCCCUCAGGCUCCCUGCCUGCCAAGGCCAGCCCUCAGGCCACCAAGGCUAGCCCUCAGGCCACAAAGGCCAGUCCUCAGGCCACCAAGGCCAGCCCUCAGGCCAAGCCUCUCAGGGCUUCUGAACCCAGCAAGACCUCUAGCAGUGCCCAGGAAAAGAAGACAGGGAUUCCUGCUAAAGCUGAGCCUGUGCCGAAGCCACCUCCAGAGACUACUGUGCCUCCUGGGACUCCUAAAGCAAAAAGUGGGGUGAAGAGGACUGACCCUGCCACCCCAGUUGUCAAGCCUGUUCCAGAAGCUCCCAAGAGUGGGGAGGCCGAGGAACCUGUCCCCAAGCCUUACUCUCAGGAUCUGUCUCGAAGCCCACAAAGCCUCAGUGACACAGGCUACUCCUCCGACGGCGUCUCCAGCUCCCAGAGUGAGAUCACAGGUGUUGUACAGCAAGAAGUGGAGCAGCUUGACAGUGCAGGGGUGACAGGCCCUCGUCCACCCAGCCCCUCAGAGCUCCACAAAGUGGGUGGUAGUAUGCGCCCUUCAGUGGAGGCCCAGGCUGUGGCUCCCAGUGCUGAAUGGAGCAAGCCACCCCGCAGCAGUGCUGUUGAAGACCAGAAACGGCGUCCCCACUCUCUGUCCAUCAUGCCUGAGGCCUUUGACUCUGAUGAGGAGCUGGGGGACAUUCUAGAGGAGGAUGACUCCUUGGCAUGGGGGCGUCAGAGGGAACAGCAAGACACAGCUGAGUCUUCAGAUGACUUUGGCAGUCAGCUGAGGCAUGACUACGUGGAAGACAGCAGUGAAGGCGGCUUGUCUCCCCUUCCGCCUCAGCCCCCAGCCAAGGCAGACAUGACGGAUGAAGAGUUCAUGCGGCGGCAGAUCCUAGAAAUGAGUGCCGAGGAAGACAAUUUAGAGGAAGACGAAGCUGCUGUCUCCGGGCGAGGUUUGGCCAAACACAGUGCCCAGAAGGCAAGUGCCAGGCCCAGGCCCGAAUCUAGCCAAGAAUCAGUAGCACUGCCCAAGAGGCGACUACCCCAUAAUGCCACCACAGGCUACGAGGAACUCCUGUCUGAGGCAGGCCCAGCAGAGCCCACUGAUGGCAGCGGAGCCCUUCAGGGAGGUCUCCGUCGCUUUAAAACCAUUGAGCUCAACAGCACAGGUAGCUAUGGUCAUGAGCUAGAUCUGGCCCAAGGUCCUGAUCCCAACCUGGACCGGGAGCCUGAGCUGGAGAUGGAGAGCCUUACAGGCUCACCUGAAGACCGCUCUCGUGGGGAGCACUCCUCUACGCUGCCGGCUUCCACGCCUAGCUAUACAUCUGGCACCUCCCCCACCUCCCUGUCUUCACUGGAGGAGGACAGUGACAGCAGCCCCAGCCGCCGGCAGCGGCUAGAAGAAGCGAAGCAGCAGCGCAAGGCCCGGCACCGGUCCCACGGGCCUCUGCUGCCCACCAUCGAGGACUCUUCCGAGGAGGAAGAGCUGCGGGAAGAAGAGGAGCUGCUGCGUGAGCAGGAGAAGAUGCGGGAGGUGGAGCAGCAGCGAAUUCGAAGCACAGCCCGCAAGACCCGGCGUGAUAAGGAAGAGCUUCGAGCUCAGCGGCGGCGUGAGCGCUCCAAGACACCACCUAGUAACCUGUCACCCAUUGAAGAUGCGUCCCCUACAGAGGAGCUGAGGCAGGCAGCAGAGAUGGAGGAGCUGCACCGCUCUUCCUGCUCUGAGUAUUCCCCCUCCCCCUCCCUGGACUCAGAGGCGGAGACCCUAGAUGGCGGCCCCACGCGGCUCUACAAGUCGGGCAGCGAGUACAACCUGCCGGCCUUUAUGUCUCUCUACUCACCAACUGAGACCCCUUCGGGCAGUUCCACCACGCCCAGUUCUGGACGGCCCCUUAAGAGUGCUGAGGAGGCCUACGAGGACAUGAUGAGAAAAGCUGAGCUGCUCCAGAGACAGCAGGUGGCAGGGGCCCGGGGACCCCAUGGUGGCCCCACUCAGCCCACAGGCCCCCGCAGCCAGGGCUCUUUUGAAUAUCAAGACACCCAAGAUCAAGACUAUGGCAGCAGGGUUUCUCAGCCUGCUUCAGAAGGCACGCCCGCAGGGCUCGGAGCAGCAGUGUACGAGGAGAUCCUUCAGACAUCCCAGAGCAUAGCCCGGAUGCGGCAGGCCUCCUCGCGGGAUCUGGCCUUCACUGAGGACAAAAAGAAGGAGAAGCAGUUUCUGGAUGCCGAGAGUGCAUACAUGGACCCAAUGAAGCAAAAUGGUGGCCCACUUACCCCUGGGACUAGCCCCACCCAGCUUGCUGCCCCUGUGUCAUUUUCCACUUCCACCUCCUCAGACAGCAGCGGGGGCCGAGUUAUUCCCGAUGUCCGAGUCACUCAGCAUUUUGCAAAAGAGCCUCAGGAUCCUCUCAAGCUACAUAGCUCUCCUGUCUCCCCCAGUUUGGCCUCUAAGGAGGUAGGCAUGACCUUCUCCCAGGGUCCUGGGCCUCCAGCCACCACAGCCAGCCUUCCACGAGGGUAUAUGACUCCAACCUCCCCAGCUGGCUCUGAGCGUAGCCCAUCAACGUCUUCCACAAUACAUAGCUAUGGACAGACCCCAACCACUGCUAACUAUGGGUCUCAAACGGAGGAGCUGCCUCACGCUCCCAGUGGCCCUGCUGGAAGUGGACGGGCCUCCAGAGAGAAGCCUCUGAGUGGGGGUGAUGGUGAGGUUGGUGCUCCCCAGCCUUCUCGGGGAUAUUCUUACUUUACAGGCUCUAGCCCACCUCUCUCUCCAUCUACCCCCUCGGAGAGCCCCACGUUCUCACCAGGCAAGCUGAGCCCAAGGGCCACGGCAGAGUUCUCUACACAGACGCCAAGCCUGACGCCUUCCUCUGACAUUCCACGAAGCCCUGGCAUGCCCUCCCCCAUGGUAGCCCAAGGCACACAGACACCACACCGACCUAGCACUCCUCGCUUGGUGUGGCAGCAGUCUUCCCAGGAGGCUCCUGUUAUGGUCAUCACUCUGGCAUCAGAUGCUUCUAGCCAGACCAGAAUGGUACACGCCAGUGCCUCUACUUCCCCGCUGUGCUCACCUACCGACUCUCAGCCCACCUCCCAUAGCUACAGCCAGACAACACCACCAAGUGCAUCUCAAAUGCCCUCAGAACCAGCUGGGCCACCUGGUUUCCCACGAGCACCCAGUGCUGGUGCAGAUGGGCCCCUGGCACUGUAUGGAUGGGGUGCCCUCCCUGCUGAAAACAUUUCAUUAUGCCGGAUCUCCUCUGUCCCUGGGACAUCUAGAGUUGAGCCAGGCCCCAGGCCCCCGGGCACUGCUGUGGUAGACCUUCGCACAGCCGUCAAGCCCACACCCAUUAUCCUUACUGACCAGGGUAUGGAUCUGACCUCUCUUGCUGUGGAAGCAAGGAAGUAUGGCCUUGCCCUGGAUCCAGUUCCAGGACGCCAGUCAACUGCUGUGCAGCCUCUAGUUAUUAAUCUCAAUGCCCAAGAGCAGACCCAUACCUUCCUGGCCACUGCCACCACAGUGAGCAUCACCAUGGCCUCCUCUGUGCUCAUGGCUCAGCAGAAGCAACCAGUGGUAUAUGGAGAUCCUUUCCAGAGCCGCCUUGACUUUGGCCAGGGUUCAGGUAGCCCUGUGUGUCUGGCCCAAGUCAAGCAAGUAGAGCAGGCUGUCCAGACAGCCCCAUACCGAGGUGGACCCAGGGGGAGACCCAGAGAGGCUAAGUUUGCCAGGUAUAACCUUCCCAACCAGGUAACACCUCUGGCCAGAAGGGACAUUCUGAUCACUCAGAUGGGCACCGCCCAGAGUGUGAGCCUGAAGCCAGGACCAGUGCCAGAACCUGGUGCUGAACCCCACCGGGCUACUCCUGCAGAGCUCCGGUCACAUGCUCUGGCAGGUACCAGGAAGCCACACACAGUGGUGGUGCAGAUGGGAGAGGGCGCGGCUGGCACAGUGACUACCCUGCUCCCAGAAGAGCCAGCGGGUGCCCUGGACCUCACCGGAAUGAGGCCUGAGAGCCAGCUGGCAUGCUGUGACAUGGUCUACAAGUUUCCCUUUGGCAGUAGCUGCACUGGCACCUUCCAUCCUGCCCCUAGCGCACCUGACAAGAGUGUGACAGAUGCUGCCUUGCCAGGCCAAAGCAGUGGCCCCUUCAGAGACCCUGAGCCCCCAGAGCCCCUCACCUUCCGGGCACAGGGGGUAGUAGGACCUGGGCCCCAUGAAGAACAGAGGCCCUAUCCACAGGGCCUGCCUGGCAGGCUAUACUCCUCCAUGUCUGAUACCAAUUUGGCCGAAGCUGGCCUCAACUACCACGCCCAGAGGAUUGGGCAGCUCUUCCAGGGCCCUGGGAGAGACUCGGCGGUGGAUCUCAGCUCACUGAAGCACUCUUACAGUUUAGGCUUUGCCGAUGGACGCUACUUAGGGCAGGGCUUACAGUAUGGCUCGUUCACAGACCUGCGUCACCCCUCAGACCUUUUGUCUCACCCACUUCCCAUGCGGCGCUAUAGCUCAGUGUCAAACAUCUAUUCAGACCACCGGUAUGGCCCACGGGGAGAUGCAGUUGGCUUUCAGGAGGCCAGCCUGGCUCAGUACAGUGCCACCACAGCCCGAGAGAUCAGCCGCAUGUGUGCAGCCCUCAACUCCAUGGACCAGUACGGUGGGCGGCAUGGCAGUGUAAGUGGCGGGCCUGACCUCGUGCAGUACCAGCCCCAGCAUGGGCCUGGACUCAAUGCUCCACAGGGUCUGGCUCCCCUUAGAUCUGGCCUCCUUGGCAACCCCACCUACCCAGAAGGGCAACCAAGCCCUGGGAACCUUGCUCAGUAUGGGCCUGCGGCAAGCCAAGGAACAACAGUCAGACAGUUGCUCCCAUCCACAGCGACAGUGCGUGCAGCUGAUGGCAUGAUCUACUCGACUAUCAAUACCCCGAUUGCUGCAACGCUGCCCAUCACCACCCAGCCUGCCUCAGUACUGCGGCCCAUGGUGCGUGGUGGCAUGUACAGGCCUUACGUAUCUGGUGGAGUCACAGCUGUGCCCCUUACCAGCCUGACCCGGGUGCCCAUGAUUGCUCCUCGGGUACCUCUUGGACCAGCGGGGUUAUACCGCUAUCCUGCACCAAGUCGAUUCCCCAUAGCUUCCAGCGUGCCACCUGCUGAAGGACCUGUCUAUCUGGGAAAGCCUGCUGCUGCCAAGGCCUCCGGGGCAGGAGGUCCACCAAGGCCUGAGCUACCAGCAGGGGCCGCUCGUGAAGAACCUCUUUCUACAACUGCCCCUGCUGUCAUCAAGGAAGCCCCCGUGGCCCCGGGCCCAGCCCCACCACCUGGUCAGAAGCCAGCAGGAGACGCUGCUGCUGGGAGUGGAGCCCUCAGCCGGCCUCCGGUGGAGAAGGAGGAAGCCUCUCAGGAGGACCGGCAGCGGAAGCAGCAGGAGCAGCUGCUGCAGCUGGAGCGGGAACGGGUAGAGUUGGAAAAGCUGCGACAGUUGCGGCUGCAGGAAGAGCUGGAGCGGGAGAGGGUGGAGCUGCAGAGGCAUCGUGAGGAGGAGCAGCUGCUGGUGCAGCGAGAGUUGCAGGAGCUCCAGACCAUCAAGCAUCACGUGCUGCAGCAGCAGCAAGAAGAGCGCCAGGCUCAGUUUGCACUGCAGCGUGAGCAGCUGGCGCAGCAGCGGCUGCAGCUAGAGCAGAUCCAGCAGUUGCAGCAGCAGCUGCAGCAGCAGCUAGAGGAGCAGAAACAGAGGCAGAAGGCUCCCUUUCCCGCAACAUGUGAGGCACCUAGCCGAGGGCCUCCCCCCGCUGCUACUGAGCUGGCCCAGAAUGGCCAGUAUUGGCCACCUUUGACCCACACAGCCUUCAUUGCCGUGGCAGGAACCGAAGGGCCCGGACAACCUCGUGAGCCUGUGCUGCACAGGGGCCUUCCCAGCUCCGCCUCAGACAUGUCACUGCAAACUGAGGAGCAGUGGGAGGCUGGCCGUAGUGGCAUCAAGAAACGUCACUCUAUGCCACGCCUGAGAGAUGCCUGUGAGCCGGAGUCGGGACCUGAUCCCAUCACGGUCAGGAGAAUUGCAGACAGCAGUGUUCAGACAGAUGAGGAGGAGGGUGAGGGCCGCUACCUUCUGACCCGCAGGCGCAGGACACGGCGCAGUGCCGACUGCAGUGUGCAGACAGACGACGAAGACAAUGCCGAAUGGGAGCAACCUGUCCGCCGCCGCAGGUCUCGUCUUUCCCGUCACUCAGACUCAGGCUCUGACAGCAAGCACGAGGCCGCCGCCUCCUCAUCCACUGCCACCGCUACUGCGAGGGCCAUGAGCAGUGUGGGCAUCCAGACAAUCAGUGACUGCUCUGUACAGACUGAGCCUGAGCAGCUGCCCAGGGUCUCUCCAGCCAUCCACAUCACAGCUGCCACUGACCCAAAGGUGGAGAUUGUCAGAUACAUAUCAGCACCAGAAAAGACUGGGCGAGGGGAGAGCCUGGCCUGCCAGACGGAACCGGAUGGGCAGGCUCAGGGUGUGGCUGGGCCACAGCUCGUAGGACCAACUGCCAUCAGCCCCUACCUACCUGGCAUCCAGAUAGUCACCCCAGGAGCCCUGGGCAGAUUUGAAAAGAAGAAGCCAGAUCCUCUUGAGAUCGGGUACCAGGCCCACCUGCCCCCGGAGUCCCUGUCGCAGCUUGUGAGCCGCCAGCCUCCUAAGUCUCCACAAGUGCUCUACUCGCCAGUGUCACCACUGUCCCCACACCGGCUCCUGGACCCCUCCUUUGCUUCCAGUGACAGGCUGAACAAGACUCACGUGAGUCCCCAGAAGCAAUUCAUAGCUGACAGCACUCUUCGCCAACAGACUCUGCCUCGCCCCAUGAAGACCCUGCAGCGGUCCCUGUCCGACCCUAAGCCCCUGAGCCCCACCGCCGAGGAGUCUGCCAAAGAGAGAUUCUCCCUCUACCAGCACCAGGGGGGACUAGGUAGCCAGGUGUCGGCGCUACCACCCAACGGCCUGGUCCGCAAGGUGAAGCGGACACUGCCCAGCCCCCCUCCAGAGGAAGCUCACCUUCCCCUGGCUGGCCAGGUGCCCUCACAGCUGUAUGCAGCCAGUCUGCUGCAGCGAGGGUUGGCGGGGCCCACCACCGUCCCUGCUACCAAGGCCAGCCUGCUCCGGGAGCUGGACCGGGACCUGCGGCUGGUGGAGCAUGAGUCCACCAAGCUGCGCAAGAAGCAGGCGGAGUUGGACGAGGAGGAGAAGGAGAUUGAUGCCAAGCUCAAGUACCUGGAGCUGGGCAUCACCCAGCGCAAAGAGUCGUUGGCCAAAGACCGGGGUGGCCGUGACUACCCACCUUUACGUGGCCUUGGUGAGCAUCGUGACUACCUGUCUGACAGCGAGCUCAACCAGCUGCGGCUCCAGGGUUGUACCACACCCGCUGGUCAGUAUGUGGACUACCCUGCCUCAGCUGCUGUGCCUGCCACCCCCUCUGGCCCCACUGCCUUCCAACAGCCCCGGUUCCCACCUGCAGCCCCACAGUAUACUGCAAGCAGUGGUGGACCAACUCAGAAUGGAUUUCCAGCCCACCAGGCACCUACCUACACUGGCCCUAGCACGUACCCAGCACCUACCUACCCUCCUGGGACUAGUUAUCCAGCUGAGCCUGGCCUGCCAAGCCAACCGGCUUUCCACCCCACAGGCCAUUACGCAGCCCCAACACCCAUGCCAACCACGCAGAGCGCCCCCUUUCCAGUCCAAGCUGACAGUCGUACUGCCCAUCAGAAGCCACGUCAGACUUCACUGGCUGAUCUGGAACAGAAGGUUCCCACCAAUUACGAGGUGAUUAGCAGCCCUGCGGUAACCAUGUCGUCAGCCCCCUCUGAAACUGGCUACAGUGGUCCAGCUGUGAGCAGCAGCUAUGAGCAGGGUAAAGCCCCUGAGCAUCCCCGGGGCAGUGACCGAAGCAGUGUGAGCCAGAGCCCAGCCCCUACUUAUCCCUCUGACUCCCACUACACCAGUCUGGAGCAGAACGUUCCUCGAAACUAUGUGAUGAUCGAUGACAUCAGUGAGCUGACGAAGGACAGCACUCCCACUGCCUCAGAUAGCCAAAGGCUGGAGCCUUUGGGGCCAGGUGGAGUCAGUGGGCGCCCUGGGAAGGAUCCUGGAGAACCAGCUGUCCUUGAGGGACCCACUCUGCCCUGCUGCUAUGGCAGAGGUGAGGAAGAAUCUGAGGAGGACUCAUAUGACCCCCGUGGGAAAUCUGGUCAUCACCGGAGCAUGGAGAGCAACGGCCGGCCAGCUAGCACCCACUAUUACAGUGACAGUGACUAUAGACAUGGGGCUCGAGCAGACAAGUAUGGGCCAGGACCCAUGGGGCCAAAGCAUCCCUCUAAGAGCCUGGCCCCAGCUGCCAUCUCCUCAAAGCGCAGCAAGCACCGGAAGCAAGGCAUGGAGCAAAAGAUUUCCAAGUUCUCCCCUAUCGAGGAGGCCAAGGAUGUGGAAUCAGACCUGGCCUCCUAUCCCUCACCCACCGUCAGCAGCAGCCUGACCUCUCGGGGCAGAAAGUUCCAGGAUGAAAUCACCUAUGGGCUCAAGAAGAAUGUGUAUGAACAGCAGAGGUACUAUGGGGUGUCCAGCCGGGACACAGUAGAGGAGGAUGACCGUAUGUAUGGUGGCAGCAGCCGGUCCCGAGUGGCAUCGGCAUACAGUGGGGAGAAGCUGUCCAGCCAUGAUUUCAGCAGCCGAGGCAAAGGGUAUGAACGGGAACGGGAGACUGCAGAGCGACUUCAAAAGGCGGGCCCCAAGCCCUCAUCCCUGAGCAUGGCCCAUGGCCGGGCACGGCCCCCCAUGAGGAGCCAGGCCUCUGAAGAGGAGAGCCCUGUCAGCCCCUUAGGGCGGCCCCGUCCCGCAGGGGGCACUCUCCCUCCUGGGGAUACCUGCCCACAGUUCUGCUCCAGCCACUCCAUGCCUGAUGUCCAGGAGCAUGUCAAGGAUGGACCACGGGCCCAUGCAUAUAAGCGUGAGGAGGGCUACAUCUUGGAUGAUUCCCACUGCGUGGUUUCUGACAGCGAAGCGUAUCACCUGGGCCAGGAGGAGACAGACUGGUUUGAUAAGCCCCGAGAUGCCCGCUCCGACCGGUUCAGGCACCAUGGGGGCCAUACAGUCUCCUCCUCCCAGAAGCGAGGCCCUGCCAGGCACAGCUACCAUGACUACGAUGAGCCCCCUGACGAGGGCCUAUGGCCUCAUGAUGAGGGUGGUCCAGGCCGGCAUACCUCAGCCAAGGAACACCGGCACCACAGUGACCACGGGAGGCACUCAGGCCGCCAUGCUGGUGAGGAGCCAGGACGGCGUGCUGCCAAACCACAUGCUCGGGACAUGGGUCGCCACGAGACCAGGCCUCAUCCUCAGGCCAGCCCUGCCCCUGCCAUGCAGAAGAAGGGUCAGCCUGGGUACCCCAGCUCUGCUGAUUAUUCACAACCAUCCCGUGUUCCAUCAGCAUACCACCAUGCCUCUGACAGCAAAAAGGGCUCCCGGCAGGCCCACUCUGGGCCUUCUGCCCUGCAGCCAAAGCCAGAAGCCCAGGCACAGCCACAGAUGCAAAGCCGGCAGGCGGUUCCAGGACCGCAGCAAUCACAGCCACCAUCAUCCAGGCAGACGCCCUCAGGCACAGCAUCACGCCAGCCACAGACACAGCAGCAGCAACAACAACAGCAGCAGCAGCAGCAGCAACAGCAAGGUCUUGGACAACAAGCUCCCCAGCAGGCCCCAUCACAGGCUCGGCAACAGAGCCAGCCAACCCCCCGGGGCACAGGCCCUGCUGCCAGCCAGCCAGCAGGGAAACCUCAGCCGGCCCCCACCACAGCCCCAGGGCCCCAGCCAGCAGGACUGCCACGUGCAGAACAGGCAAGCAGCUCCAAACCUGCAGCCAAAGCGCCCCAGCAGGGGCGGGCUCCUCAGGCCCAGCCAACUCCAGCACCUGGACCUGCAGGGGUGAAGCCUGGAGCCAGGCCUGGGGCCACCCCAGGGGCUCCCACUGGUCAGCCAGGGGCAGAAGGAGAGAGUGUAUUCUCUAAGAUCCUCCCUGGUGGGGCAGCAGAGCAAGCUGGAAAGCUGACAGAAGCUGUCUCUGCUUUUGGCAAAAAAUUUUCCUCGUUCUGGUGAUUGUGUCCAGAAGGGCUCCUGAAGACCUGAAGAAAGACAAUCUCAUUGCUGUGGAAAAAUCUCUGGAGUCAAAGGUCUGGGCGCAGCUCUGGACUCUGCGUAUAACGCAUCUACAAGCUGGCAAACCUUUGGCCCAAAGAUUCACACCAGGUGGGCCCCAGCAGGCAGGCCUCAGCCGAGCAUGAGAAUGACAUGUUUUCUAACAGCAGCGACCUAGGUGAAGCAUCUGCUGGACCAAUGGGACCAUUGGCUUGGGGGACCUUUCAUGUCUUUCAAGAGACCCUGCCUUACUCAGGCCAGCUGUCCUUGGGAGAGAGGAGCCCUCCUCACCAGAAUGUGGUCGUGCUGUGUCUGUCUGCUGCUCUUCCCGCAGCCUCCUGCGGCCUGGCCAGCCAGGCUUCCAAUGCGUUAUACACAGAGUUUGGGUGCACACUGCCCUCCCUCUAAGAUGCCAGAAGUUUUUUCCACAGCCUUGGAGAGGGGCUUUGACUGAGGGCUGGGGCCCUGGGCUCCGAUUCCUUCACAUUCCAGCUGGCCCGGAUCCCUCUGUGGCCAUAAGGCCUUGCCCCUUUCACCCUGCCCUAUGGGUGACACUGGAGCAGGACCUCUGCAUGGCCAGCAUGGGUUUGGGAGAACUUUACAAACACUAGGACCUAACACUGUCUCAUCGCUGAAAUAAGAGGCCAUAGCACCGAAAAAGCAGCGUGGGCACCGGCUGAGGCUCCUCCCAGCCCGUGGAUGGCAGCGUAACUAGGCAUGCCUGCCAUCACCUUAAAGCCAUCCCCCCAGCCAUUGUGAGCAUCCCAGCAGCAUCACCACUGUCUCACCCAGCCGGUUCCCGGCUCCUCAUCUGUACACCUGGGGAUUUCUUUUGAUUUCAAGAACAGCCUUAAUCAUUCCAGUUUAAUUUACAUGUAUACCUCAUGAACAUUUUUUUUGUUUUAUUUUUCUUUCUCUCCCCUUCUUUUCUUU